GGUUAGCAUAAAAGAAUCAUCUGUAGCAAAACUAGGAUCAGUAUGCCGUAGGAUUUACAGAAUAUUUUCACAUGCUUAUUUUCAUCACCGGCAGAUAUUUGAUGAAUAUGAAAAUGAAACAUUUUUAUGUCAUCGGUUUACUAAAUUUGUGAUGAAAUAUAAUUUGAUGUCCAAGGAUAACCUGAUUGUACCAAUUUUAGAAGAGGAAGUUCAGAAUUCAGUUUCUGGGGAAAGUGAAGCAUGAAGAGAAUCACAGAGAAAAAUGUACUGAUCGCAUAAUUAACAUUAAUUAUGUACUGUAUAUAUCAUUUUAGACACAUCAAUCAUGUAUCCAUAUUAUAGCUUCUUUGUUUAGUAUAGGGUUUUGUAUGCUAUGUGUUGCCUUUUAAAAUGGGAAAUACUUUUUAAGUUAUUCAUGAGCUGUAUAUUCACCAGUGUGGCACUCAUGGUUUUUAAAUAAGAUUAGUAUUAUCUGUUUAUAAUGCCUGUUAAUAAAAGAAUUUACAGUUUGGUAAAAUUGCUGCUAAACAAUCAUUGGAUCACAAUCCUCAUCAAAUAAAUCUAUCUAUAAAAAGGAUGAGUGAACUUAAGGUUUCACAAAGCCGUUUACUAAAGAAAUAGUAAUGUUUUCCUUUGGUUUCACCCCAGUUUUGAUAUUUUAGAAAAUUUUCUAGUAUGUAGUUCCUUCUUAACUUCCAAAAUGAGAUAAAGGUGUUUUAAAAUUUUGUUUGUAGUUUUUGACAUGCAUAUAUAAUUAUGUGUAUAUCCAAAUAUAAAUACAAAUGAGGCAUUUAUAAUACUUAAUCUUACUAUACUACAUAAAGUAUAUUUUAGGCCAGCAUUCUUGGAAACAAUUUACCUUUUUGCAACAGUGGAUUAUUAAACACAUGCCAAGCAUAAAGAUAAGGCAUAGAUGGUUCCCACUGGAAACCUGCUUUCUCUGCCCCUUCUCAUUUCCUUUAAUCCUCUCUCCAAACUAUUUAAUUCACACGAUCAUUUAUUGCUGGCUUAUACCUAUUUAUAUUUGUAUUAAUUGCUUACAGAUUGUACCUCACACUAGCAAUUAUAUUACACUACAGGAAAACUAUUGGCAUAAGCUCUUGCUUUUCUUUGUUUUGGGAAAAUUGUUCUAACUACUUAGAAUGUAGUCCUUAGUAUAGUUUUAUUCUCCCUGUUCGUAAUAUUAAUCUUUCCGUCUAACCAUAGGAGCAUUAAAUACAAACAAAAAAAAAUGCUGUCGUAUUUAUUUUAUGUCCUCUCUAGAAGUUUAUGUUUGAAUUAUAUGACAUGUAAGGAUAGUUGCAAUAAUUGACAGGUUCCAAUGCUGUUGAUGAUGGCCAUAUGCGUUUUGGAAAUGCUGUAAUUCAGUGUCUUCAUUAGAAUUCAAGUGCAGAUUUGUCUUAACAAGUCUUUGAAAACUUUUGAUGAGGUUUUUCAUCACUGGAGGUCUUAUUGCCAUACUGGUUGUAAAGAGGCUCUGAGAUAAGGGGAAGGAAUUAUACAUGUAGCCAAGAAAAUAUCUAAAGUCAUUUUUUUGACGAGAUUUAACAAACAGGAAAUUCUUUUUCGUUUAAACGUUAUUUUGAAGUGAAGAUGAAAAUUCAUUCAUCUUGUUUUUCAAGGAAGUAGUUUAUGCCAUACUAUCAGACAAGUAUGUACAGAAAAAUGUAGGAAGUAGCAGCAUACUGGGUGUGUAUGUAUAGUUUACGCCUUCCCAAGACUGCCUGUCCUUUUGGCUUUGAAGAGUACUCUCCCAGCAGCCACAGUCAUUACUAUUACUAUAGCACUACCCUCUACUGUCAUUUAAGAAGUUUUUGUUCACAAUGAAAGGAAUGUUGACUUUGAAAUUAUGCAUUCAUAUUAAUGUCACUAUAAACCAAUGGGAAUAGUAAUUUUUAAACAAACUUGCUAGACAAAGUUAAUAAAUUAUAUGUAGCAAUGCAGCUGUUCUCUAGAUGGCGCCUCACAAUGGAUUUCUGUUGCUUGAUUGUUUCUCAGUGAACAUUUGAACUAAGGUAGUGACUGGAUUGGUGAUCUGCUAAGUAUUUUAAAACACAUUUUGAAUACAUGGCUUAGUGUUAACAGGGAAAUAAAGUGUGAUUUUGUUUUUCUUACUCAUUCUAUCCUCCCUGUACUUUGUGUUUGGAAUUAAUCAUAAGAAAAGUCUUCUAAAGAGAACAUCAGUUUUUAGUUUUGCGUUUGUAUACAUAUUGACAUCUCAUUGAUAUUCAAUGCACUGUGAAGUUGAUUGUACGAGGUAAGACCUAAAUGAAGCAAUUCCUGUUUUUCCUUGAAUACUAUUUACAGAAUUUUGAAAGUGGACAUAAGUGGCAUUUAAAGAUAAUAGCUUCAUCCUGGCAAACCACUGAGUUAUAAAAUAACUGUUAUAAGCAGAGAAGAAAUGGAGAAUUCCCAGUUCUGUGUGAUAGGGAAAUUAGAUUCCACUGUUUUAUUGCUUAAGCCAUACCGUCAGCCCUAGAUUCCACUGUUUUAAUAAUCCUAGAUAGAUCCAAACAUUCAAAUUAAAUUUUUCUUUCCAUAAAGACCAUAUAGUCAACUCAAUCUUUUUCUCCUAUCAUAUCUGAGAAAGUAGGUAGUAAUCAUGUAUGUUACCACAAGUAACAUAAGUAGUUCUUUGGUGUGUGUACAUUUUCUUUUCUCUGAGUUGAGGUGUUAAAUUUGCAUUUGUAGAACAGUUUCUCAGUAAAUUUUUUCUUUUUGGGUUUUGGGUGUUGGGGUUUGA